AUGUUGCGCGUAUUUCUUCUUAAAAAUACGUUAAUUGGCAACUCGAAAAGGAAGAUAUCAUCAUUAUUACAACCGGAUGUUUGCUCCUUUUUCUCAAAACGUUUACUAUCCGUAAAUACAGGAGAACUUACGACCAAUAUUAGCCCUAGUAUUAAUUCUAAUAUCGUUAAAAAUGAUAAAGAUAGUUCGCCAACAGCAGCCUCCAAUCAGACAACUAAAAAACCGUUGCCAAAACCACCAAACCGUGUAAUCGGAGUUUCUAAACUUUGGGACUCUGCAGUACCGAGUUCUAACAGAUCAUCAGGAUGGCUUGCAAGCAGGGAAGAAAUGGUGCAGUGGAACUUAGAGGAACGUCAAAAAUUAUAUGAAGAAUUUAAAACGCCGUAUUUCAAAGAUUUGGCCGAGAUUAAACGAGAGGGAGACAAAUUAUGGGAGGCUAUUCCUGUUUUGAUAAAAGAAGAUAAAGCCAAAUACAUGCCAAACAUGAAAGGUCGGUCUUUAGUAAAAAAUAAUAUUAACACGACAGAAAUUUUAUUAGGAAAAACUUCAUUGGUGACUUUUUGUUUUAACAAAUUUGGAGAGGAUCAUGUCAAAACUUUUACUGAUCCGUUUCUUGACGCGUUUUCUGAACACCCAUCGAUUCAAUUGGUGUCGCCGACGCACAUUUUCGUAUUCAAGGACGUUUACUACAUUUCGAAAUUACUGGAACUUAAUUCAGCUCGCGGAAACGUCUUUUUGGCCGAUGCGAAAUGUUUGAUCCGGUGGAUGGCACAUGGUAAAGCUACCCGGGAUGAAAUAAAUUCGAUGAUUGAGGUGACUAAAAUUUUGGAUUCCAGAGAAAUGUCAACCACAAGCAACAAUGUAAAUGCUAUACCAGCACUUCAUAAAUGCGGACCUCAGGUGGGUAUUACUCCCUUCCGCAACACACUUUUAUUCAGCAUUACCGACCGUGUUGGUGCCUUAGACGAGUGUUUGGCUGCUAUUAAAUCAUUGAAUAUUUCUUUGAAGCGAAUUGAGAGCCGACCAAGCAAGACGCCAGAAUGGGAUUAUGAGUUUUUCAUUGAUUUUGACGCAGAAUCACGAGAACAAUUAACGAAUGUUGUGUCUGAAUUGCAAAAAAUCGCGAGACACGUACAGAUUAUUAGCUCUAUUGAUUCUGAGGCUACAGAAAAAUAUGUUCCGUGGUUCCCUCGUAAGAAAGCUGACUUGGAUACAUUUGCGGAAAAGGUUUUGGAAAUGGGUGAAGAACUCACAUCUGAUCACCCAGGAGCCAAAGAUCCAGUAUACCGAGCACGUCGCGCCGAAAUAACACGUAUCGCAAAAACUCAUCGCCAUGGGCAACCAAUUCCCCGUAUUGAAUAUACCAAAGAAGAGGUUGAGACAUGGGCCACCGUGUUUCGUAACCUCGCAAAACUUUUUCCUACACAUGCGUGUCGUGAGCAUCAAUACGUGUUUCCGUUGUUGGUUGAGAAUUGCAGGUAUCGGGAGGAUAAUAUUCCUCAAUUGGAAGAUAUUUCGCGGUUCUUGAAAGAUUGUACUGGAUUCACAUUGCGUCCUGUUAUGGGUCUUCUCACUUCACGUGAUUUUCUUAAUGGUCUCGCAUUUCGCGUGUUUCAUUCCACUCAAUACAUUCGUCAUCACUCGAAGCCUUUAUAUACUCCAGAACCAGAUAUCUGUCACGAAUUACUUGGACAUGCAAAUUUUGCAGACUUUUCACAGGAAAUAGGUCUGGCAUCGCUUGGUGCUAGUGACAGCGACAUUGAAAAAUUAGCAACAAUAUAUUGGUUCACGGUUGAAUUUGGGCUAUGCCGACAAGACGGUGAAAUACGUGCAUAUGGUGCAGGACUUUUAUCCUCCUUUGGUGAAUUGGAGUAUGCAUUAACGGAUAAACCCGAGAAGAAACCUUUCGAACCAAGCAAAACUGCUGUCCAAAAAUACAUAGUGACAGAAUAUCAACCAUUAUACUUUGUAGCUGAGUCAUUUAAAGAUGCACAACAAAAGGUCCGUGAUUAUGCAAAGACACUGACACGACCAUUCUCAGUGCGCUACAAUCCGUACACGGAGUCUGUUGAAGUGUUGGAUGAUAAGGUAAAGAUUCUUCGGUUCGCGCAGAAUAUAAAGAGUGAUUUCCAGAAUCUUUUGGAUUCAUUGGAAAGUUUACAAUGUGCCUCUGCUUUUCUUAAAACGUGCAUCCGUCCAAAAUGUCUCAAACAAUUUUCACUUACACUAAAACCAUACUCUUACUCUCGAGACUUGAUUUCUUUUCAAAGAACAUACUCGAAACACGCGAAUCAUCAAGACCAAUUUACAGAAAUAAAAGAAGAGAACCCUGUUAAAUUAGAGUUUCUCGAAUACGAACCGCCAAGGCUUCAUGCACCGCAUGAAAGUCCUCCACUAGUUAUUUUACAUGGUUUGUUUGGUUCAAAACAGAACUGGAAAUCUCUUGCAAAAGCGUUUGCGCAACGGCUGAAUACUAAGGAUUUGAGGAAUCAUGGCGAAAGUCCUCAUUCACCGGUUCACACAUAUAAAGCAAUGGCCAAAGAUGUAGCAGAAUUUCUUAACGAGCAUAAACUUCGUAAGACUGUCAUCAUUGGUCAUUCAAUGGGUGGUAAGGUCGCAAUGACUAUGGCACUACUUCAAGUACCCCACAUAGAGAAACUGGUGGUUGUGGAUUGUGCACCAACAAAGUAUCGAUUGUCAUUGGAUUUUGCAACGUAUAUCACGGCAAUGAAAAAAAUUGAGGAGACUGUGGUCGCAAAGCAGAGUCAUGCUGAUAAGAUUUUGCAGGAAGACAUUGCGAUCCGUCAAUUUCUCCUCACUAAUCUGAAAAAAGAUUCCGAUACCGGCAUAUAUAAAUUUCGUAUUCCGCUUGAUCUAUUAAAUGAUAAUUUAGAAGAAUUAGGCGGGUUCCCGUUCGAUUCGGCGCAUCAUACUUUUCGUAAGCCAACUUUAUUUAUUGUUGGGACUAAAUCAAAUUACGUGAAGCCGAAGGUCCAUUCAACCAUUCGAACAUUAUUUCCUGAGGCAGUUAUCGUGGACAUUGAGGCCGGUCAUUGGGUUCACGCAGAGAAACCUCAAGAGUUCUUAACAGUUGUUUCUGAUUUCGCAAAAAACAAAUAA